UUAGAGUUGAAGAAACGGACUAAUAACGUGACCCCCCUCACAAACGACGACGAGAAAUGAACAAAAUAGUAGCCAGCGAAUAACCCAAUAAUUCAGCAAAAACGUUUGUGUUACUCUCAGGUUUCAUCACCAACAUCUAAUUCCAUUGGUUCUUUUUUUCAUUAAUAGGAGGUCAAUCAGCAAGAAAUCCUCACAAUCUCUGAAGGUGGGUGAGUGAGUGAGUAUUACACCAUCAUAGUAGCUAGAAGAUGGACAUGCCCGAAAGCCAAAACAUGCCAAACAUGUCUAAUAAUGUGACGAGGAAUAUGAACAUGAUGAGUUUCUAUUGGGGCAAAGAUGCAAUAGUGCUUUUCGCAGGGUGGCCAGAUCAAAGUGCUGGCAUGUACUUCUUAGCCAUAUUGUUUGUGUUCAUCCUAGCCAUGACCACUGAGGUGUUAGCCAACCAGCCACUCAUCAAGCCAAGGACUAGUCCCCUUGUGGGAGGGAUGGUUCAAGCAAGUGUCCAUUUGGUUCGUGUUGGCUUCACUUACUUGCUCAUGCUUGCUGUCAUGUCCUUCAACGGCGGAAUCUUCAUAGCUGCCGUCCUUGGCCACGCCUUCGGCUUCUUCAUCGCCAAGUCUCGUACUCUUGCCGUCACCGAUACGGAAAAAGACAAAGACUCUUCCGUCACAAACCAUGUUUGAUCUUCACUUCACCAAAGUCAAUUUCAUCUCUCUCCACAAAGUUCUUUACAUUAGUAACGCCUGAUUAGAAAAUCAAAUUUCGGUCAACAUGUUUAAAGAAUUCAACUAUUUAUCAAUUGUGUUGGACUUUGUUGGUCAUUGGCAUGUUUUUGUUAAAACUUCUUUAAAUUUGUUUAUUAUAGAUUUAAGAGUGGCUUGGCGAUGAUUGUGAUUGUGUUUGUUAAACUUGUUCCUCUAUACUGUUGUGUGUUAAGAUAAUUUUCUGGCUUUGUGUGUAUGUUAAUGAAUUCUCUUGAUUAUGCCA